AUGUCAGGUCUACAGUGUCAGGUUAACAUUGACGAAUGUGUCAGUGAUCCCUGCGCAAACGGCGCGACCUGCGUCGACGGCAGUAACGGCUACGCCUGCGUGUGUGCCGCGGGCUACACCGGUACCCGCUGUGACUCGGAGCUCUUCGAGUGCGCCAGUAACCCUUGCUUAAAUGGCGCUGCGUGCCGGGACCAGGUUGGCGGCUAUGACUGCAUUUGCCAGGUCGGUUUCAGCGGGGACAACUGCGAAAUCAACAUCAAUGACUGCGUGGGGAAUUUAUGUCAACAUGGAGCUAUCUGUGUUGAUGGUGUCAAUAGCUACACGUGUGAGUGUGCGGAAGGAUUUGAAGGAUUGUUCUGCCAGAAUAAUAUCAAUGAGUGUGCGAACAACCCUGCCAGAACGGUGCAGCGUGCCAAGAUCUGUUUGGAGGUUUUGCCUGCGAAUGCAACUUAG